ACAAAAGCAGAUAUGAGUUUACAGAGAAUACAGAGAUUAAUCCCGUAAACCGCAAAGAAAUCAACGAGGGAAAAAUGAAUUUAUUUUCAAAUUAUCAGAUCAAAUGGACAAAUGGUUAACGUAAAUUAUAGAAGAAAUUAUACAUUAUUUCCGUACAGUUAACUAUCGCAAUUUUAAAUUGUUAACAGUUCUUUCUUAUUCAAAAACUUAACCUGGAUUCUCAUAUAAUGUCAUCAAAUCCUGAUUCAAGUCUGUUGCAGAGAACAAUCGAGCUGAACUAUGCUAACAAAAAACGUGCUAGUUCUUUAAAAUGGAUUGUGGUGAAUACCAUAGUUUUCCUGGUCUUCGCCUAUGAUUUAUGGGGCGGGUGCGGACACGGGUGGUGGUCGGGGCUGAGCGCACUGCAGGUGGUGGAGGCGGCCGCGUGCGGCGUGGCGGCCUGCAACCUGCUGCAGCACGCUCUCAGCGGGCGCGGGCCCGCGCGGCGACCGGUGCCGCUCACGCCGGCGCAGCGGCGCCUGCUGGGCCUGCAGCACACUAGGCUGGAUUCGUCGUUCCGCGAAGUGAGUCCAGAAGCGCAAUUACGUCCGCAGCCAUCGGAUAGAAGCGAUGACUUAGAAGUGUCACCUCUAGCGAGCGGGCGCACGUGGGGCUCGGACCCGACGUCGGGCCCGGGGUCGGGUCCGGGGUCGGGCCCGACGUGGUCGCCGGGGUCUCCGCCGUCCCCGCAGCUGUCGCCGUACUCGUCGCCCGCGCGGUUCCCGCACGACGAGUUCAUCGCCGACCAUACGGUGCUUGCCGAUUACCUGAGGAGGCGAGAGGAGGGCGAAUCUCGCGUCAACGAGGGCUCUACGUGGGCGUGGGUGGAGCCGGGUGUGGGGGCGGGUGUGGGGCUGGGGCCGGGGCUGGGGAUGGGGCCGGGGCUGGGGCUGGGGCCGGGGCCGGGGCUGGGGCUGGGGCCGGGGGCUGCCUACCAGCUAGCUACUAAUGAUACAGAGGGUGAAGAUGGUUUAGACGUGAGUGGGGGCGGGUCCGGGAAGGGACCGGGCGCAGGACCGGGCGCGGGACCGGGGGCGGGGACCGGGGCGGGGUCGCCGCAGGUGUGGCGCCGCCUGCAGCUCGACCCGCGCCGCCUCACGCAGUUCAACCUCAACCUGCGCCUGUGGCUGCAGGUGACGAUCCUGGAACGCGUCGUACGGGAGAUGGACGCCCUGGAUGCCGCGCUGUCGGCACACGGGCUGCCACCGCGCUCCUUGGGGCAGGUGGGGCUCGAGCGACUGCGGCAGGUGGCGGGAGGCGCCGCGCUGCUGCCCUUCCUGGCGCCCUUCACCGACCAGCAGUACGUGGUGCGCCGGUACAGGGAGUUGUCGACGGGCGGAUGUCUGAGCGAAUACAAGUGGAACGGAGGCGGCGCCGGCUGGGACGACGCGAGACCCGCUGAUGCCGAGCUCCUACUGCACGCCUUCAGUGCCUAUAUGGACGCUCAACUGCCGCAUGAGGUGGGCGGCGGGCGCAACAACCUGGUGCACAUCCUGCUGGUGUUCAUCGCGGUGUGCGCGCGGCGACACCCGCCCGCGCUGCGGCGCCUGCAUCUGGGCCGCGCCGGACUCAACAUGCUGUGGAUCAUCGGACGGUGAGGUGUGCCACCGAUACCUCUGACAGCUCCCUAAUCACACCGUCAUCAUCAAAUUUUGUAUGAAAGAAGCCGGUUCGUUCUUCCGUCCGGCAGAGAUGCUGCUCAGUUUUCAUAGCAACUUUGAAAAAACGAUUGAUUACGGAGCUGUCAAAAUUCGUGCUCAGACCUCCGAUCGAGUACCUACUUUGAUAUAAGAUAACAGACUGUUAAGACAUGAGUGUGUGCGAUUCCAUCGUGUUUUGUAAUUAAAAAGAAAUGUAUUUUUACAAUUAACGUUUUAAGUUUGUGAAUCAAUAAAAUGUGGAAAAACCAUAAUGUUUAUUUAUUUUAUAUGUACCUCCCAUUUUGCUAAAUCGAUUCUUAACUUUUUAUCUAUAGACCGACGCCUAUGGAGUGUGACCGUUAAAUUUCAAUUCUACUUAACCACUAUGUUUCGAAAUGCAAUAUUCUGUCAAUGCUUAGUAGA